UGGGUUUUAGUACCUUUUGUAAUAAAUUAAAUAUUCUCAAACUUUACUUAUGGUAGUGCACUCUAAUAUUAGGGCGGACGUGAUCAUACUAGGAUGUAGUCUUCCCGGCAUAGUUGCUGCUCAUAAGUUGAAGAAGACAUUUGGAAAAUCGAUGGAUAUCGUCGUCUUAGAUAUGUCGACAGUUCGUAAGGAUAUCUCGAAAGGUAACGUAGCCUUUCAGGUAAAUGACGAUGAUUCAGAUGAUGAUGAUGAUGACGCCGAAGAAACCGAAACAGUGACUAAAUUUGUCGAUAACAUCGCUAGAGACUACCUACUCAGAUUUUCCAAAGAAUUCAGUCUACCCCUACCUAAUGCUAUAGCCAACCCAAACGUAGUAAGGUCGCCGUUAAACAAACUCUUUCAAUAUCUCGACGGAAGCACAGUUAUGUGCACUACUGACUACCACGACUUCGACUAUCUGAAUGUAGUAGAGAAAUUUGAGUUGAAUCAAUAUCAGAAUUUACUCGACCAGAAUGCGAGAGAUUUAUUUCAACCACGACGAGUCAACAGCAGUGUAGAGCGUAAAAAUCUAUAUUAUUUCGAUAAAACUACGAUGGAAAGUCAUCUCUGUGGCGCUCUGCUCUUUGCUAAUUCAAGAGCAGUCAUGAGAAUGAUGGUGCAACUAGUCUGUGGCACCUCCGCGUACUCGGUGUCGGUCCUUUUUUACUUACACCAGUGCUACAGGACUUCCAGUGUCAGGAACCAUUUAGACGGAGCCAACACGAGGUUUCGCGAAAAGCUAUUCGGAUACUGUAGAAAGCAUUUCUCCCAAAAAUUGCAAAAAAGUGUAGCAGAUAUUACGGUGAUAGCGAAGCCCAUUCAGAAAAUUCGGUCUUAUUCGAAUGAACAGGUAAUUUUAGAAACUAUCAAAGGUGAAACUAAUUAUAUAUGUAAUCUAUUAGCAAUGGCUCUGAGUCCUGAUGAGCUGCUAAAAAUAGCAGUAGAGGAUCAGUUCAUGACAAACAGAGAAGCUGCAGUUGUUAGUGCGAUGUUACCUGGCAGAGUGAUCAAAUUCAGAAUUCAGUAUGAACGAAAUUUCUGGAAGAGUCAAGGGUACAGCGGCGAUAUACUUAGUAUGCGAGGACCCAUCGUUUGGGCUAUGGAACGUCCAUUCUUUUCAAGCUCAGGUUCGGAAACCAGUGCAGGCCUAGUUGGAGUAUUGAUAGUUAGAGAUGGCGUCCAAGACUCCAGGGAGGCUGUAUUGGAACAACUAACGAAGUUGUUUGGAGAAGAAGCCGCAAGCCCUCUUAUUUACAAAGAGAAAAAUAUUUCUGAUAUUUUUGUACCACGCUGCGGCGACUACGUGGCUCUGCGCAACCUGACGUCCUGUAUAAAACCUGAGAGCGUAGUAGAAUGGGGGGCGCUGGACGUGUUUGGGGAUGGUGACGUGGCGGCGGCUUUAGAAGCGGGUCAUAAUGCCUACUUGCAUCUCCUGCGGUGCCUGCGACCACAAGCGACGACAUUCGAAGACUUGGAACUGACCACUUCACCGACGAUCCUUGAUGAAGGACCUCUAACCCGCUCGAUCCCGUGUUUCAACUAUAUAAAUACGAUAAAAAUGGUCGUAUGCACCACAGCCUUGAUCAUAGGCAUAAAACUAUUACGAUCUUAUAUGCGGAAAUAACAAACGUGUCUCGAAGACCUGUACGUUCGAUGAGUAGGUAAAAUGAAUGAAAUUGUCCGUGUUAUUUAGAAAUGUCUUUUUGUUGUUUUGAUUUGUUUUGUUAUUUUU